CUUCCGCACUGCUCUGACGUCAUCACGCAGACGGAGGAUCGUCAGCAGGAGCAGCACUUAGCGCUGUGUCCGAGCUAACAGGUUAAAUAGUCUCCAGCUGUUUCCAGCGGUGUCCCCGGUGUUUCCGGUGUCUGCGAGAUGUUCUAUAAACUGAACGGAGUGACGCAGCGGCUCACCGGAGUUCCCGCCGCCGCCGCGUGCAGCCCACAGGGUCUGCGUCCAGGUGUCCCUCCUGCCCGUCCUCCUCCCAUCUUUGCGUCUCCGACCAAGCUGGUGUCUGAAGCAGGAAGUCAUGUGGAGUACCUGGGGCCCAACAGGGUCUCACACCUGCAGACCCUCUUCCAGAGGUCAGACGGCGUGCCGGUCCAUCUGAAGGGGGGGCUGCUGGACCGCCUGCUGUACCGGACCACCAUGGGUCUGACUGUGGGGGGGGCGCUGUACUGCCUGGUGGCGCUCUACAUCGCCGCCCAGCCCCGCAACAAGUGAUGCUGCGCUCUGAUUGGAUGAGAAAUCCAGUCCCGGGAACAAGUGAUGCUGCUGCGGGUUUAAACGGAGCUCUGCAGGAAACAAACACUUUGUACAGAAAAUAUUAUUAAUAAAGUUUUAUUUUGUUGUAAAUUAAA